GCGGCCAAGUUGGGCUGGAACGGCACCUGCGUUCCGCAGAGCCGCGGUGAGGCAGGAGGGGCCGCGCACAGCCCCGCGGCGGCGCGUACGCGGGAGGCGCCGGCCCCCGCUGGCAGCAGCCGCGCUCCGGCGGCGGGAGCCACGCGCUUCCCCCGAACUCGCGCCCCGGCUGCCCGGGCCCGGCGCUGCGCGCCCCACCGCGGCCCGGGCGGGCUCCGCGGGGGCUGACGAGGAGCUCGGCCCCGCCGCCGCGCAGAGAAGGCGGCGUGGCGACGAGGCCUCCCCCGCCCGCCGGCCCACGCUGGGCGGAACGCGGCGGCCGGGGCCGCGUUGCGCGGGGAAGAGUGCGCGGCGGCACCGGGCGGCGGCGGAGGGCGCGGGCCGCCAUGGCGGUGGACAUCACCCUGCUCUUCAAGGCCAGCGUGAAGACGGUGAAGACCCGCAACAAGGCGCUGGGAGUGGCGGCGGGUGACAGCGCCAAGGACGAGCUGCUGAAGCGGAGCGCCGCCCGCUGCAAGAGCGACUUCACCAGCCGGGCCCGGGAGGUGAUUUCUCAUAUUGGAAAGCUGAAAGAUUUUCUUCUGCAACACAGAAAGGACUACAUUAAUGCUUACAGCCAUAUUAUGUCCGAAUAUGUGAGGAUGACAGAUACAGAGCGUGAUCAGAUAGAUCAAGAUGCUCAGGUAUUUAUGAGGACGUGUGCCGAUGCCAUUCAUCAGCUGAGAACUGAAGCACACAAGGGUGUCCAGUCUGCUCAAGUAAAAGAACACAGAACGGCUGUCUUGGACUUCAUUGAAGAUUACUUAAAAAGAGUGUGUAAGCUGUAUUCUGAACAAAGAGCCAUCCGAGUUAAGCGAGUGAUAGAUAAAAAGAGACUAUCCAGGCUUGAACCUGAGCAGAGCAACGUGUCCACAUCACCUCUUUUCCCUGAAAAAUCUUCACUGAAUCCUUUCGAUGAUUCUGAAGAAAAACUUUCUGCUGAGGAGAGCAAAGACAGGAAUCUGCCUGAUGCCCAAAGUAACGUUGGAUUAUGGGGGGACGGCAAAGGUGAAGAUGAGCUGUCACCUGAAGAAAUACAAAUGUUUGAACAGGAGAACCAGAGACUUGUUGGGGAAAUGAAUAAUCUCUUUGACGAAGUCAGACAAAUUGAAGGAAAGGUAGUGGAAAUCUCCAGACUGCAAGAGAUAUUCACUGAAAAAGUCCUGCAACAGGAAACUGAUAUUGACAAUAUCCAUCAAUUAGUCGUGGGCGCAACAGAGAACAUCAAAGAAGGCAAUGAAGACAUAAGAGAGGCCAUCAAAAACAACGCUGGAUUUAGAGUAUGGAUCCUCUUCUUCCUUGUGAUGUGUUCAUUUUCCUUGCUUUUCCUGGACUGGUACGAUAAUUAAUUACAAAUAUAACACUGCCUACAUGCUUUGUUUGUAACUUUUGAGCUUUUUUUUUUCCAGUGGAGUAGGAUAUAUGGUAUAUCUGUAUACUUUAUGGGUUUUUUUCAUACUGCUACGAUGGGCAUAUUUUCCAAUAAAUAAGCAGGCGUAUAUAUCCAUUGGUGCAGAGGGAGCUGAUAGCAUUUGUUUUAAAUCCCUUUAUCGAACAUAAAACCACACUUAAUCCUGCAAAGAACACAGAAACCUUUGAAAGAGCUGGUAAGAAAGCUACAAGCUGGACGACAGCCAACAGAAGAACAAAACCAAUGGUUGCAUCAGUCACCCACACAUCUGUGAUGUCUGAAGUCCAGCUCCCAGUGUGCAGACCAGAUCAAGAGAAAACUGUUACUGUGCAAAAGCAUCUACGCUGCCUCAGGCUUUUAUUUACCCAUACCACUUCAGUACAGAGCCAACACUUCGCACAUGUAUGACCUCUACUUCAAAUCCUUUCAAACUACUUGAGUCAGAGAUCACAUUGAUUUAAUAUAGUACUAAUGAUAAAAAGUCAACUAAAGAGCUUUACUUCUAGAUGAAAAGAGAGAAUAACAAUACAGAUUGUGCAGUGAAACGGGUGUUCUGGGAUGUUGGAACAAAGCCAAAGGAUAGACAAUAUUGAAGCCAAACUCUUCCAAGUACUAAAAUUGGGAGCGGUUUGAUAACUAAAAUGAAAAGUCUCAAAACCAGCUGUAAACAUGAAUCAAUUAACUGCCUCCUCUUAAAGCAGACAAAAAAAAAUGCUUUUGACUUCAAGAAGCAUAAGCAAUCUGUUUCUCCUAGAUGAUAAAGCUUAGUAUUUUUUAAUGUUUAUUGUUACGAGAGAGAGAAAUAAGUUGUUUCUCAUCAGUAUUUACUUGUGCAUUAAAGUUUUUAUUGUCCUGAAUUUAAGGGAAGGACGUGUAUCAUUAAUAGUUUCUAUGUAGGACAGUCUCGGGGAACAGAUCUUUCCAUCUUGUAGAAUGUGAAUGUCCUCUGUAAAUACGUUGAUAUGAAAUGUGUCUUUUACUAUCUCUCUUCUGAAAUGUAUAUUUCUAUACAUUAUAUGCAACAAGCAUCCUCCUCCUUAAUCUUUACUCUGCAAAGAGUGAAAAUGUCAAAGUUACAUAUGAAUUAAUUACAUGCAAUAAAGCAUAUCCCUAUUAGAAAAUGCAAACAUGGUAUAUUUUGAACUUCUUAACAAAAGCCUGAAAUUUUUAAAUGCAAAGAAAAAUUUGGCACAUAAUUUAUUGCUUUUUAUGCAUUCCACAUACCAUAAUGACUUAAUAAAGCCUUUUACAGAUAUACUGUGUAAUGCACAUUUCAUAUCAAACCUGGAAAAUUCAGCAGUAAUGGUUAUUUUUGCUGUAUGGGUAGGAAAGGUUGUUGAUAAAGCAGUUCUACUGGAGAAAAAUAAAAUCAGAGCUGACCAUA